UACGUAAAGCCAAAUAAUUUUAAAAAUUAAGGGAAUGUUUUUUUAUAAUUUCACUUCUACUGCUGUAAACUAAAGCGUAGUGAUUAUACAAGGUGUCAUUUGAUCACCUUAAUUAUAAAAAUUUAUGUUGCACAAACGCUACUGGCACUUGCAAAGAAGAUUUAUGCGGCGGUUUUGUUGAUUCAAGUAUCGAUAAUUAUCUGCUGUUGUGCCAUUGUUUUAUCAACAAACUGAUCUGCAAAAACGUGGUCAAGCUCGACACAGAGCAGUCAAAUAUUGUAUAAUCGGCUACCGUUUUUACUGCUUCCGGAAGGUGUUGACAUGCCGGGACAGCAGCGCUAACGUUUAAGGACCCCGCAGCCAGUACAUAUAUAUUCAUACUGUUUACUUCCAUGACAUUUCGCAUCAAAUGUUUUCCGAACAGAGCUGUGCAAAUAUGGGAACACUAAACGUGAAAUGCGAUACAAAGCCACCCAUCUGUUGCGAUUCCAUUCAAAUGAGAAAGAAAAGCAGCGCCGAAGGAAUACCUCGCUCACGAACUGCAGACAACGGACAGUGGAUUAAUAAGAACGGUGUUCUCGUGCCUCUUCAUCCGGCUGCAGGCACUGCUGCCCCAGUCCGUCCCAAAUCCGCUUUCCUGGAUCAGUACCCAGUGCAUCCCGUUUUCAAUUUUUCGAUCGGAGUUAAUCGGAACGAUAACCACCCUACCGCUGCUGGUGUCAUCAGACGGCGUUAUUCCCGAGAAUAUCGAAGUGCUGUUUAUGAGCUAAGCCAAGAUUUACAGGAUAAGCAACUGGAACUGUUAGAAAAGAAAUACGGCGGUCGAUUGCGCAGCCGGCAUGCAGCCCUAGUUAUUCAGCGUGCCUACCGUCGCUAUUCCAUGCAGAAGAAAUUCGAUCGACUCUCCUCUAACACCACUACCACCCAUCACUCCCAGUCCCCAUCCGCCAAGCUGCAUUAUGCGGUUAAAACCAAGAGUGCCUGCGAUGCGGAGCAUGUAACAAUGAAUGGCCAUGCUGCCACAGCGGAAAUCUAUCAUUCCGCACGAUCGAAACUGGGAAUGACGCGUUCCUGUUCGAGCAGUGCAACGGCCCGGAUAGCUGUCGUGCAGCCACAGUCGAGAAUGAUCGAUCUGUCGCCUAGCAUCGGUGUGUACGAUAACGUUCCAGCAGUACGGGGACGUAAGGACGCACCAGCCUCACGGCCCAUUGUUAUCGAUUCUACUCAGUCCAAACUAAUUACCCACAUUGUGCGAACUGAUCAGGACGGUGUCAGACGCUCAUUGCGCACAGAGAUUCAUACGCGGAGCCAUGUCCAGUCGAUAUCCCCUGUAAGGGGCGGUCAGAGCGUUCUCCCCCCCUUGAGCGCAAUGUCCAGUGUAUCUAUCUGUGAUGAGCCAUCUCCCCCAGGUUUUGCCGCAGUUAGUGCAGUCCACGACCUGGCUAAUACGUCGCCCGUGUGGAAGCGCCUGGAUGAACUGACUGAUCAGGACAGCGGGGUGGGCUCCAGCGGACAGCUGAGCCAUCCCUCGCCCCUCCAUACUGCGUUUUUGGAUUACGAUAACGUGGUGAAGUUUGUUAACACCAGCGGAGAAUCGAGCACGGAUGGUCCGUUGGGAACAUCACUGCCGAAUUCCUCCCUGUUGCAGCAGGGCAGUCCAAGUAGGAGAAAAUCGGAUGUCAGUCGAGCAUCCAAUAUGGAACGGACGAAAACCCAACGGCGAGCUGUUUCGGCGUCUCGCGUUCCCAUCCAACCAAAAAUAUCGGAAACCAGACGGAAACGACAGUACCGCGUUGGCCUAAAUUUAUUUAACAAAAAACCUGAACGUGGAAUGGAAUAUCUAAUUGAAAAGGGCUUCGUGGUUGAGAGCCCCUCGGCAGUUGCUCGUUUUUUGAUCUCACGGAAGGGCUUGAGCAAACAAAAGAUUGGAGAGUAUUUAGGUUGUCAGACGGACUUUUGUAUUGCCGUCUUGCAGUGCUUUGCCGGUGAGGUCGACCUGUGUGGAUUGGAAAUUGACCAAGCAUUACGCAAGUUUCAGACAUACUUCCGCCUUCCGGGUGAGGCACAAAAAAUCGAGCGUGUAAUGGAGGUGUUCAGCGAUCGAUAUUUAUCAUGCAAUCCGAAAACGGAGAAGAUUUUCGGCGACAGCUUAACCGUGCUGCGCAUGGCAUACGGCAUAAUUUUGCUCAAUACUGAUUUGCACAAUCCGAGCAUCAAAAAAGAGCGCAAGAUGAAGCUGGAGGAUUUUCUGAAAAAUAUGCGCGGUGCACUGGGCGAUAAGAGUGGGGUGGACGAGCAAAUAUUGCGUGAUAUCUAUGUUCGUAUAAAAGCGGAGGAAUUCAAGCCCGGCAAUGAUCAUGUCAGUCAAGUUCAACGGGUGGAUAAACAGAUAAUCGGUGACAAUAAACCAGUUCUUCCUGUUCCACAUCGGCGAUUAGUGUGUUUUUGCCGGUUAUAUGAAGUUUAUGAUGAGAAUAAAAAAGAACGCGCUCAUCAACGAGAGGUGUUCCUGUUUAAUGAUCUCAUGGUUGUGACCAAACAAAAUGGAGCACGAAAGAAGAACUCUCCCAUAAUUUACCGUUGCCGCACAUCAUUUCCCUUACUGCGAACGAAAGUGCAAUUAUUUUCCACUCCACAGCAUCCCAAUGGCCUCAAACUCGUCAACACUCUUAACCAGAAGACUCUCAUUAUGCUCAACGCGCGGAACGAACAUGAUCGUGAUAAAUUUGUAGAGGAUUUACGAGAAUCGAUAAUGGAGAUGGAUGAAAUGGAAGUUAUUCGAAUCGAAUCCGAACUGGAAAAGCAGCAGUUCGCCGGUAUUACUCGCGGUGCUGAGAAUCGUGAUUCGGGCGUAGCGGAUGUGGAUGAUUGUAAAUCGAAUUCUAGUGCAUCUAGCAUGACACCUGACCAGAACGUGGCAAAACGGACAGUUCUCCUCUCCAGUUCGUUGUUAGAUGUGACUGAGCAGCAGACCCUUAGACAUGUUCCGGUCGUGAGGAGGUUGAGUACUGGUUCUUUAGACAGCGGUAUGUGCAUGCCAGGAUCGAGUACCGCCAGCACACAGAGCACCCCGUCGUCUGAUGGACCCAUUCCACCUUCGAAAAUGACCAAACCUUCCCUUUUCGGCAGCUUUUUCACGAGGAAAAGCGGCAAAUAUCAAAUGUGAUUAAAGAUCCUGUUGUUAGAUAUGCAACUUAUUUUGCACUCUGCAUCUACCGGCAUCCGUUAGCGUUUUUGCUAGGAUGGUGCGUUCUUUACGAAGUCCUGAAUUUGACGGUGCUCAAAUGUAGUCACUUUUUGAUUUUACCGUUUCUUCCUGAUUACUCUGUUUUUUCAUUAUUUGCGCUGGAAAGUGCUUUUUUAGGUAUUUGUAUUAUUGAUUUUUUAGAAUGGAACAUUUUUAACUGAUUUUAUCGAGUAAACGGAAACUUCCGUUUCGUGCCAACGGAAUGUUUCUGCAUAUUAUGCAAAUGGUGUAAUUUUGCUUGCAGCGACUUUUAUUGAUAACGACUGAAGAUCUCGUUAUUUUGUGAGUGAUAAAAACCUUUACUUGA